GCAGUUUUCGCUGCCCUUUUGCAUUCUCGCGAGCGGAGACUCGCGUACUACACAAAAAAAAAGUACCACGCGCGCGUGCGCAGCCGACCAUGUCCAGAGCGCGCGUGGUGCGCACACUUUACCGCAACCUGCUCAGACAAGCUCGAAGAGCCGACGCCGACGUGAUCCUGCGGCACCAAAUCUCCAAGCAGCCUGUGGACGUGCUGCAGGUCGCCUCCGCGGGCCUCGGCCGGAGCUGCCGCUCGAUCAACGUCCAGAUACGCGGCCAGCGCGGCCGCAUCCCACGGCUGCACGCCGUCUAUGACCGCGACGUGGCGCCGGCGGACUUCGCUGCCGCGUCAGCGACCGUGACGCCCACGCCGGCGACGCCCGAGAAGGUCUGGAUGUCAACGGUCGACAAAAGCACGGGCCGCACGUACUACUACGACCUCCUGACGCGCGAGACGACGUGGCAGAAGCCGGCGGGCGAAAUUCGAGAGUCGACCGGCGACGACAGCGCCGCGGCCAAGGACGCACUGCUGCCCAAGUUAGCCUCCGUUCCGGUAGUUGCGCAGCACGCCGACUACGGCGACAACGUCUUCUACGACGGCGCCGCUACACCAGCCGGGCCGGACGGCGUCUUCGUGAACUUUGACGACGGCGACACCUACGGCUGGACGGGCGACGAGGCGCAAUCGAACGUUCGGCGCAAGGUCCUCGUGCGCGAGGAGACGCCGGAGCCGGGAACCAAAUUAUUGGUUGUGGCCGCGCACUACGGCCGAGGCCCCAUGCGGUAUCAUAAGUGGGUGCGCGCCGAAGCCGCUGCGCCGGUCGCCGACGAAAAGCCGGCCGCGUGGACGCUGACGAGCUUCUGCCGCCACGCAUUCCGCCACCCGGAGGCGCUGGAGGGCCUGAACUACGCGGAGGGGGGGAACGCGGCCUCGUCUGCCAACGACGGCCUCGCCGAGGCGCUGGACGCGUUCACGGCGGAGCGGGCGCAGUUGGACAAGGGGUUUGAGGUACUCAAGGCCGUCAACGAGGCGGCGGGGCGUGUUUCGCGCUACGGCGCGUCAGAUGCCGACGAGGUACAGCUAUCACCCCUUGGUAGCGAGCCGCUGCAGCGCCCGGACUUCGACGAACGAACGUCGCUCAUAGCUGCGAACGCCGCCUACUACUCGGCCGUGCGACGAAAGGACGCGGACUUGAUGGAGCAACUCCUCGACGACGACUGUACCAUGGGGAACUCCCAUAAUUACACGCGGGGCAAGGAACAGAACGCGAGGGACUUUCGGAACUAUUGCGAGAAUCAAACGCCGCCGAAAUACCCCUACCUCGUCGAGAUCGAUGACGUCGAAGUGUUCCUUGACUCGGAGAACGUCGGGCGCGUCGUCGUCACGGAGCGCAACACGGCGGACUGGUGCGCGUCGUCCGACGACUGGCGAGCGUCGCAGUCGCCGGUUACUAUUGCCCGCGAGGUCAACGUGAACACGUUCGCCCGCUCGGCGCCCGGCCAACCGUGGAAGCUCCGGCAGCGCCAGGAGACGCGUGUUGAUUUCGAGACGAACGCGCGCUCGGACCAGGCACAGGCGUGAUUCCGUUUUUUUCCCUUUGCUUUGCUUAGAGCUAGACUGCGUAGCCACCACGACCGACGCCUUUCAU